AUGAUUUGUUUGUGGUUGCACCUGAACUUCCAGGUGGCACGGCGAGGUAGCAAAGGGCCGAUUUUGGCGUGGAAGGGACGAAGAAGGAAACGUAAAAGAAGAAGAAAAAAAGGAAGAGGCAACGAAGUGUACAAGAAAGUCAACCAAAUGCAGGAACUUUCUGAAGGGGCCAAGUAUGGCAUUUCGGCCUCCGUUUAUGUUGUGCUUGCCGCGCUGUGGAUGGCCUUCUCCGUACUGUAUGGGAAGAUUGCCGAUCGUUGCUUGAGUGACAACGAUCCAGAAUACACAUACGGAGCGUAUUUGUAA